AUGGCGCCCACAAAGAAAUCCAUCUACCGCCAGCCCGGUACCCAGACAUUCCAGCUGGUGCACCGUUCCGUCCGCGACCCCCUCAUCAAUGACCCCGAGGCCAGCCAGCAAGUGUUCAAGCCCGUCGGCAGGGCCAACGAGUCGGGAAAGCCCGCCCCAGGCUACUCGCUGUCCGACCUCGAGGCGACCAUCGACAAGAGCAAGGUCCGCGACAAUGAGGGUAUGGCUGCCGGCUACGGUAUCGCCUACGACGACUCCAAGUACGACUACAUGCAGCACCUCAAGCCCGUUGGCGAGGGCGGCUUUGAGAGUGUCCUCAUUGCCGCGCCCCGCGGCUCGGGUGUUGUUGCUGGCAUGAAGAACCAGGGCAACAAGGGCAAGGGCAAGAUGCGCGCCGAGGACAUGUUCCAGCUGCCCGAGAGCGUGCGGCCGUCGGCGUACGAGAUGACCUACGCCGAGGCGCAGGCGGCCAAGGAGGCGAUCCCGCGCGAGCUCCAGGGUCUGCAGCCCGACAUGGACCCCCACCUUCGACAGGUGCUCGAGGCGCUGGAGGACGACGCGUUCGUGGACGAGGCCGGAGACGAGGACGUGUUUGGCGAGCUGCUGGGCUCGGGCGAGCUCGAAGAGUACGAGGACGGAGAGGAGUUUGAGUUUGAGGAGUGGGGUGUUCCCGAGGACGGCGACGACGACGCCAAGACCGAACGCGGCGACGACGACGACGACAACAACGAGCCCCCCAAGGAGGAGACCUGGGAGGACCGUUACCGCGCGUUCAAGGCAGCCGGCGGCCGCCACGCGGCACCAGUCUCGAACGGCGGCUGGGACGAGGACGAGGCGGCGGCCGAGCGUUCCGAAAUGGCCGACACCAUCGGCUCCAUGGUGUCCAACAUGGGCGACCUGAUGGUGCGCGGCGGCAAGAAGCGUCACGGCAAGCGCGGACCUUCGGACGCUUCUGGCAUGUCCAUGUCGUCGGCAAGUGUCUACCGCAACUCGAACCUGCGUACCCUCGACGACCGCUUUGACCGCAUCGAGCGCGAGUACGAGCUCGAGGACGACGACGACGAGUGGUGCGGCGACGACGACGACGACGUCUCCAUUGCUCCCUCGUACAUGUCCUCGGCAUCGCGCGUGUCCAUGUUCUCGACCGGCAGCAAGUUUAUGCCCGGCGACCAGCCCGAGGUGACUCGCGAGGACUUUGAGUCUAUCAUGGACGACUUUUUGGAGAACUAUGAGGUUGUCGGCAAGCGUCUCCGCCCCGCAGUGGGAGGCACCAGCCUCUCGGGUCCCGAAAAGCUCCAGGUCCUCCGUUCCGCCGUCGAGGGUGUUGGAGAGGAGGCCGAGGAGAACCGCCGUCGUAUCCUCGAGAUUGAGGCUGCCGGCCGCAGCUACGUCCCAACCAAGGAGGAGCGCGACACCCUCCGCAUCCGUGACGUUGUGCCCGAGAAGGAGAAGUGGGAUGUCGAGUCUAUUCUGAGCACCUACACCAACACUGAGAACCACCCGGGUACUAUCCGCCUGCGCAGCUCCGAGGAGGCCAAGGCCCGUGCUCUCCGCCGUGCCGAGGCCGCCGCCGCCGCCGCUGCUGCGUCCACGCGCGAACCCGAGUCUGAAUCCGACUCUGGCUCUGAGACCGAGCGCGAGACCCCGCGCGUCACUGUGGCCAGGCCCAAGGGCGAGAACGCCGAGGACCGCAAGGCGCGUAAGGCUGCCGUCAAGGCCGAGCGUGCCGGACGCAGGGCGGAGAAGAAGGCGCACACCCAGACGUUUGGCGAGGAGCGCAAGCGCCAGAUCAACAGCCACAAGAAGGCAGUGGCGGGUGGCCGUGCCGCCGACCUGAGCGUGCAGCGCAACGUCAUCUCCCUCUAG